UUAACGGCCGCAGGGCCGCGGUGGCGGGAGCGGCGCUCGGGCCCGCCUGCGCGCUCCCCUCCUCUCCGCUCCCGUGGGGCGGCCGCGGCCUCCCGCCCGUCGGCGACCCUCGGCGCCCGGCUGCCGUCGGGGCGGAGAAGAAGGCGGAAGAGGAGCGGGCCGGAGUUGAGGAAGCGCUGCGAGAAGCCAUGUCCGCGCCCGCCGGGCUGCCGCCGCGGCCCGCCGGUGCCGCCGCCGCCGUUUACCCGGGCGGGCCGGGUGCCUCCCGGGAGGCCGCGGCCCCUCAGAGCGGCGCGCCUCGCUACCAGAACGGUCCUGUGCAGAGUCGGAUGCAGUUCCCCUCUGGCUAUGGCUCACAUCUUCCAAACUACAGUGUGCCCUCAGGACACUAUUCCCAAGUGCCCAGUAAAGCUGCUGCUUCACAUUUGGAUAAUCAGUACAGAGCCAGUUAUUACCCUACUUACUAUUCAGCACCAGCACAAAAUGUUAUGACACCUUCUGUGGGUACCAAUGUGUUGAAUACACAGGAAUCACAGCAGUUGUACAACAAAACUCCUGCCCAUACAGUGGGGUCAGCUGAAGGACCUAUUCAAGGAGCAAUAUCAUCCGCAUCCUACUUGCGUACAAGUGCUCAGCAGUCAUAUUCAGCAUUUGGUAAUCACUACAGCACUCCUGUCAGCUCUUCAGUUGCAUCUCAGGGAUUUCCCCUUAAUUCUGAUCACUACACCAUGCCCGUGGUUUCUAGUGCCAUGUAUCCUAAUGUUUCCUAUCCUCCUGUGGCUGCUGGCAGUGUGUAUGGGCAGGCAUUUACCUCUCAGACCCUACCUGCUGUUGGACAGUUCAAAGAGACAAAUACAUUUUCUAGCCAGAGUACAUCAGUACCUCAUUCACUUCAACAGCAUGUUCCAGUGGGAUAUAAUACAACAUUAACAACUAUUUCAUCUGCUCAGUCCAUUCAAGACAACCUCUGCAGGAAUCUCACUGGAUCGGUUGCUAAAGUAAACAACCAAAUAAAUACAGAUCUUGCUUCAGGAAGCUGUGUAGCUACCCUAACCAGCACUUUUCUGCUGACAGGUGCUGAUGCUUCUUUUGGGAGUCUACAAGACAUAAUGUGUAGAAGCAGAGGUGGUAGCAAGUACAUUUCAAUAGAAAAUGCUGUGUGUGGCAUUGAUUCUUCACAGCCUGUGCACUCUGUGAGCCAGAGCGUUCUGUUUACCAAGCCUGGGGCUGGAACAUCUGCUUCCUCUGCUGUGAUCUCGUCAGUAAGGACACCUGCUCCAAGCCUUUCUUCACAGCCACAAUCUUCACCCUCUGUUACACAGUCAUCAGAGUUGGCCCUUCAGGAAGGCAUGCAGUAUGGUGGAUAUGUUAAUAAUCAAGCUAGCUCUGCACCAGCUCCCUUGUCAUCAAGUUCAGAUGAUGAGGAAGAGGAUGAGGAGGAUGAGGAAGCAGCAAUUGAUAGUUCCUCUACUACAAGCAGUGCCUCUCCUGUUCUGAACAAUUAUGAUGCCCUGGAAGGAGGUGGCUAUCCAGAGACACGUUCUGUGACCAGCAGCCCAGUUCCUGCUCCAUCAGUCCCCCAAACAUCAAAAGCUUCUAAGCCAUUUGGUUAUGGAUAUCCAACACUGCAGCCUGGCUACCAAAAUGCGGCACCACCUGCUCCUGUGCAGCCCAAUAAUCCAGGACACCAUCCUGGGUUUCAGCACUAUCCACAGCAAUAUCCAGGUGUGAACCAGCUGUCCUCUUCCUUAGGAGGGUUAAGUCUACAGCAUUCUCAGCAGCCAGAAAGCUUGAGACCAGUAAACCUUACACAAGAUAGAAAUAUUUUGCCUGUAUCAUCAGUUCCAGCACCUGUGCCUAACUUGAAUUCUGAUCUUAGGAAAUUAAACUGCAGUCCAGACUCAUUUCGUUGUACAUUGACAAAUAUUCCACAGACACAGGCUUUGUUAAACAAAGCUAAGCUUCCUUUGGGUUUGUUGCUACAUCCCUUCAGAGACCUAACGCAAUUACCAGUAAUAACAUCAAGCACAAUAGUGAGAUGCAGAUCCUGCAGGACAUAUAUCAACCCUUUUGUUUCUUUCAUUGAUCAAAGGAGGUGGAAAUGCAAUCUGUGCUAUAGAGUUAAUGAUGUUCCUGAAGAAUUUAUGUAUAAUCCUCUGACACGAUCUUAUGGAGAGCCUCACAAACGGCCAGAAGUCCAAAAUUCUACAGUGGAAUUCAUUGCUUCCUCAGACUAUAUGCUUCGUCCUCCUCAGCCUGCGGUAUAUUUAUUUGUUUUAGAUGUGUCUCACAAUGCAGUGGAGGCUGGAUAUUUGACAAUAGUCUGCCAGUCAUUGUUGGAAAACCUAGACAAGCUGCCUGGAGACUCGAGAACCAGAAUAGGGUUCAUAACGUUUGACAGCACUGUUCAGUUUUACAACUUGCAAGAAGGUUUAUCUCAGCCUCAGAUGCUGAUUGUCUCAGAUAUUGAUGAAAUUUUCCUACCUACCCCAGACAGUUUACUUGUAAAUCUCCAUGAAAGCAAAGAGCUGAUAAAAGAUCUAUUGAAUGCAUUACCAAAUAUGUUCACCAAUACAAGAGAAACACACAGUGCAUUGGGCCCUGCUCUUCAGGCUGCGUUCAAACUGAUGUCUCCAACGGGUGGUCGGAUAUCUGUGUUUCAAACUCAGUUACCAUCUUUGGGAGCAGGGCUUCUGCAUUCCAGAGAAGACCCCAAUCAAAGGUCAAGCACAAAGGUGGUCCAGCAUCUUGGUCCAGCAACAGAUUUUUAUAAGAAGUUGGCACUGGACUGUUCAGGCCAGCAGACUGCUGUGGAUUUAUUUCUCUUAAGUUCACAAUAUUCCGAUCUAGCUUCUCUUGCUUGCAUGUCCAAGUAUUCCGCUGGAUGCAUCUAUUACUAUCCAUCUUUCCAUCGCAGCCAUAAUCCUGCUCAGGCCGAAAAGUUGCAAAAAGACCUUAAAAGAUACCUUACAAGAAAGAUUGGAUUUGAAGCAGUUAUGCGCAUAAGAUGUACAAAAGGUCUUUCAAUACACACUUUUCAUGGGAACUUUUUUGUACGAUCUACUGAUUUAUUGUCCCUUGCCAAUGUCAAUCCCGACGCUGGAUUUGCAGUACAAAUGUCCAUCGAGGAAAGUCUGACUGACACAUCUUUGGUUUGUUUUCAAACAGCUCUUUUGUAUACUUCCAGCAAAGGUGAACGUCGAAUUCGAGUGCACACACUUUGCUUGCCUGUAGUGAGUUCACUGGCUGAUGUAUAUGCAGGAGCGGAUGUACAAGCAGUUGUAUGCCUCUUAGCAAACAUGGCUGUGGAUCGCUCAGUUUCAUCUAGUCUUUCGGAUGCAAGAGAUGCCUUAGUUAAUGCUGUGGUAGACUCCUUGGCAGCAUACAUGUCAACUGCCUCAAAUCUGCAGCAGUCCAUGCUGAUAGCACCAAAUUCCCUCAAACUGUUUCCACUGUAUAUUUUGGCCCUUCUCAAACAGAAAGCAUUUAGAACAGGCACGAGUACACGCUUGGAUGAUCGCGUAUAUGCAAUGUGCCAGAUGAAGAGCCAGCCUCUUGUUCAUUUGAUGAAAAUGAUACAUCCCAACUUGUACAGAAUAGACAAGUUGAUUGAUGAGAGUACAAUACAUGUAAAUGACAGAGUUGUUCCUCAGCCACCUCUUCAGAAGUUGUCUGCAGAGAAGUUGACAAGAGAAGGAGCUUUUCUUAUGGAUUGUGGUUCGAUUUUUUACAUUUGGAUUGGAAAAAACUGUAGUAACAACUUCAUAAAAGAUGUCCUUGGAUACCCAAACUAUGCAUCAGUACCACAGAAAAUGACACAGCUUCCUGAGGUAGAUGCACUUUCUUCAGAAAGGACACGAUCUUUUAUAUCUUGGCUUAGAGACAGUAGACCUUUAAGUCCAGUUCUUCAAGUAAUAAAAGAUGAGAACCCUGCCAAAACAGAUUUUUUUCAGCAUCUAAUUGAGGAUCGGACAGAAGCAGCUUUCUCAUAUUAUGAAUUCUUACUUAACAUUCAACAGCAGAUUUGUAAGUGAACAAGGAAUAAAUAGAAGAAAAAUCCUGACUUCAGACAGAAGCAUGGGCCAAGAGAAGCAUAUGGGAAGUUACGAAAGUGGAUGCUUGUUCUUCACAAUAUACAGUGACCAGCACUAUUUUGGAAGCUUUACAGCUAAAGAAGUAUACAUCUCAAAGAAUUUUGCAGAUUUACUUCAGUCUAAAAGUGCUAGGAGUGAUGAAGCUGUUUCACUAGUAAACUUUAAAUUGGUUUAUACACGUUUCCAGUUGUGCAGCGGUAUGGUGCUUUGUUUAUUGCAAGCCGGUGAAUUUAUGUAGCUAUGUGGGAUGAUAUUUCUUAAUGAAAUGUACAAUUAGGUAAAGCCUUUUUUCUUACAUUUAUUAUAGUAGCCCUUCCAGAUCCAAAUUCUUAACAGAGAUGUCAAAGGGCAGUGAUGUAUGUUGGUUGUUUAUAUGAAUUUCUUUUUAAAAGGAAUGAUUCAUAUUUACUAAAGACUUCAGCGAAUUCCCUGUGAAAGUUGUAGAGUUUCAGUAAAGUACAUCAAUUGUAGAAAUAAAAUAUAUAAUGUACAUAAGUAUUACAUUUGUAAAGAAAAUGUAAAAAAUGUAACUAAAAAAAAAAAAAAAAGACUUAGCUCAGUGUGCAGAAUUGUUGAGUGCUCAAUGAUGAAUUGUUUUGUCCCAGGCUAGACAAUGAAGUUGACUAUUAAAACAUGCUAAAAAAAAGUAUCAAUGUAGAAGGAACACAGCUACUUCUGUUAAUUUUAGGUGAAUUUAUUUAUGAUUGGCUUACUAAUUAAAAAUAUUUUGCUUUAUCGUGUGUUUUUAUAUUUAUGUAAGUAUAAUCUUUUUGCAGCUAAACUCUUACUGAACUGAAUAUUGAAGAGAACACGUUUACCACUUUAUUUCACAGACCUCUGGAAGGGACAAGAAAAACUGCAUAGUCUGUGUUAUUGAUAUAAAGUUUCUAAACUCCUUCCCAUGUAUUAUCCUAAAGAAGGCAUAUCUGUUAACCUUGUUUUACGUUUUGUAAACUACUGUAGUCUUGGUCUAGGUUUCUGUAACUUGUGUUGUCUGCUGUUUAGAGUAAGCAUGGGUAAUCACUCACACUUGAUGAUUUGAUUUCUGCUGUGAUCUAAAGGAAAGAAAAAAAGAGGGGGUGUGAAAAUUAAUUACCUUCCAUCAAUGAAAGUAAAAGCUUUAAAAUGUCAAAAUUCAAAAUGUAAUCACACUGUUGCAUCUUUCUGAAACCUUGUUCUUGCUAAUGUUUUGGUAACUCAGUGGCUUGGGCUUUUUGAUAGAUUUAUCCCAGAUUUUUAAAUUUGGUUGUUAAGUUGGGAUGGUUUUGGUUUGGUUUUGUUUAGAGGCACAUUAGAAAUAAUUCAUAAAGCACAAUCACUCAUACUUAGUUUUCUGAACUCUGUUUAAUUUGUUUGGUUUAAUGAAAUGCGACUACAAUGAAAUAAUUAAUUAAGUACAAAAAAGUAAAUGAUGAUUCGUAUGAUUACAUUUUAUUUUAAAGUAGCCUUGAAAAUGCUAACAUUGCAUUUUAACUGCCAUAGCCCCUGAAUCAAAUAGUCAAGAAAAACUGUACUAGCUAUGGUUUGCAAAUGCUUUAAAAGCUACACUAAUGAAAUUCUGCAAGUGGUGUUAUUCUGCAUGUUAGCACAAACUCAUUGUUUGGAGAAGAUACCUUAUAAGUUAUAUUUGUGUGUUGUCCUUAACUAAAUGUGUUUAAAUUACCCAAAGAUUGCUUAAGAGAAACUUUCUAUUUAGUAAAUUAAUUUAUCCUGUAAUAAAUGUCUGAGGCAAUGCUGAAUGUUGUCCCUAAAUCAGACCUCCAGGAUUUCAGUACUUGUUUGUAGAUUAACUUGCAUUGGGUGAAAGCUAAGUGCUCCUGAAGAGUGGGGCAUCUUAAAAAUCAUUUGUAAUUGCGAAGAUGAGAAGGGCGUGUUACAACUUUAAAUGCCCUGUGAUAGAUCCUUCUGACUUGUGAGCUUGGUAUUGAAUAUGUGGGAACAUACUAUGCCAUGAUUAAUUGCAACAUAUUCUGUAAAACCAUUACUUAAAGCUUUAUUCUUCUAUGGUUUUUGUAUAUAAAAAGUAUGAAAAGUACAUCUUGAGAGCUAUUUGUUCAGUAAAAUUAUUACAUGGCA